UUCUCCGAAGCGUCAACCAGACGCGAACAGCAACCGCGGCAAGCCUUCUUUUUUUUUUUUUCCUUGCAGCCAUGUCGCAAAGCUCCGAGCAACUUCCAGGAGAGCUCCGCCUGGCCACGUCAGCUCACGUCAAGUACAUCCAAAGCUUGGAUACGAGGAAAGACGAGUAUGACUACUGGCUGACAGAGCAUCUCCGGCUCAACGGGCUGUACUGGGGCCUGACGGCCCUGCAUCUUCUCGGCCACCCCGACGCCCUGCCGCGCGCCGAGACCAUCGACUUUGUGCUCUCAUGUCAGCAUGAAAGCGGCGGCUUCGGUGCCGCGCCCGGACAUGACGCCCACAUGCUCUCCACCGUCAGUGCAGUGCAGAUUCUCGCCAUGGUCGACGCCCUCGACGAGCUAGACACGCGAGGGAAGGGCAAGGCACAGGUGGGACGGUUCAUUGCCAACCUCCAGAACCGCGAGACCGGCACGUUCGCCGGCGACGAGUGGGGCGAGGAAGACACCAGGUUUCUUUACGGCGCCUUCAAUGCGCUAUCACUCCUCGGCCUUCUUGACCUCGUCGACGUCGACAAGGCCGUCAGUCAUAUUGCGGCGUGUGCCAAUUUUGACGGGGGUUACGGCGUCAGCCCGGGCGCGGAGUCUCACGCCGGGCAGAUAUUCACGUGCGUCGCAGCCUUGACGAUCGCCGGCAGGCAGGACCUUAUCGACAAGGAGCGGCUUGGGCGGUGGUUGAGCGAGAGACAGAUUGCCGGAGGCGGUCUCAACGGGCGGCCGGAGAAGAAGGAGGAUGUUUGCUACAGCUGGUGGGUCUUGAGCAGCCUGGAGAUGAUUGGCAAGACGCACUGGAUCGAUAAGGACCAGUUGAUCGCCUUCAUCCUGCGUUGCCAGGACCCCGAAAAGGGCGGCAUUUCGGACAGGCCUGGUGACAUGGUCGACGUCUGGCACACCGUUUUUGGCAUCGCAGGCCUAAGUUUGCUCCGAUACCCUGGUUUGCAGCCCGUCGACGAGGUCUACUGCAUGCCCAAGUCGACCAUCGCGCGGGUGUUGGGCCGCUGAGCCGCAAUUCAGUCCGGUGAUCUCCGAGACUCAUGCAUAGUCUUUCUCUUUCCCGUUCCAGGUGAACCAGGAUGAUACGCACCCCAAACCUCUUGCGAUCUAAUAACCUGCCAACAUUGUUCCAGCGUUGGAUAGGAUACAAGGCAAGAGAAGACGAAAUGUCGCCGCUCUUCCCUGCUGCUAAUAGCCAUUCUAUGCUAACUAGCACGAAGCGAGGACGACAUCUUUUCUUGCCAGCUUUAAACCUGCCAACAUUCGCUCCAGCGUUGGAUAGGAUACGAGGCAAGAGAAGUGAAAUGUCGCCAUUUUCCCUUGCUGCUAGUGGCCAUUCUUAUGCUAACUAGCAGGGAGCGAGGACGACAUCUCUUCCUGCCAGCCUCAAUAAAUUUAAGAUAGUCUGUGCCAGCUUCCGGCCAGUUUUAGCUGAAACUAGAUUUUCAAGUCAAAGAGCGACCUGCACAAUCUCAGCUCAGCGGUUAC